CCUCGGGAUGGACGCGCUGAAAUCCGCCGGGAGAGCGAUCAUCAAGAGCCCCGGAGUUCCGCGGCACAAUUGGGGAACUUCGAAGCACGAAAAGCUGCCAGAGAACUGGACUGACACAAAGGAGACGCUGCUGGAGGGGAUGGUGUUCAAUGUGAAGUACCUGGGUAUGACCCUGGUGGGACAGCCUAAAGGAGAGGACAUGGCGUCGGCUGCCAUUCGCAGGAUUGUCGCCAUGGCCAGAGCCAGUGCCAAGAAGUUCCGCAAAGUAACACUGACGGUUUCCCCGAAAGGCAUCAUCAUCACAGACACAGAGACGACAGACCUCAUAGAGAAUGUCUCCAUAUACAGAAUCUCCUACUGCACAGCGGACAAAACUCAGGAUAAGGUCUUUGCCUAUGUUUCUCAGAGUCAGUUCAAUGAAACUUUGGAGUGCCACGCAUUUCUCUGCCAAAAGAAGAAGAUUGCUCAGGCUGUGACAUUAACUGUAGCCCAGGCCUUUAAAGUAGCGCUAGAUCUGUGGGAGAUUGCUCAGGAAGACAAAAGCAAGAAGGCCAGGACCUGCUGUUCGUGUGCGGCAGGCGACGGGCAGACAGAGACAGCAGACAGCCAGUGUGUUUCAGCAGAUCCAGAGACACACAAACCUAACGGGAUGGAGGAGAAGCUCCGGAGGCCCCUCUUCUCUGCCUCGCUCAGCUCUCCCUCACCCCGCAGCAACCCCACUCGCAGGCGGCCAAUCAAACAUGACUCCUGGGAUAUGGAGGAUGGGCUCGAUGACGCAUUCUCAAGACUGGCCGAGUCCCGCUCCGAACCAGUCUCUGACAAUGCAGCUCUGAGUCCCCAGGAGGUCUCCCUUGAAGAGGUUUUGUCUAUAAGCAGCAGUGACUCAGAAUAAAACACCCAACAAUAGCUACUCAACGCACAGCAUCACAAGUGUAAACCGCCACAAUCCAAUUACCACAACACACUACAACACCCUAGACCAGCUUAAAAGACAGCACAACUUCUCAUGGUCCCUGGUGCACCACCUGAAGCAGAAGACUACCUGCUUAACAUUCUGCAGUUGCCGCAAACAAGCCAAAAGGACUUCCCUGAUCUGUGAAUCGGCCUGUCAGUCAAAGCAUACUGCACUCAAUGUAAACAGCCAUCUCCAGCCAUCUCCUACCGUACACAACAUACAUAGCCAAUCCAUACAACUGGCCACCUCCAGGUAAAUAAAAAUUUGCUCUGCACAAACAGUUUUUUUUUUUUUAGACAUAAUAAACUCCUUUACAGCUGAGUACCCACAGAAGACACUAAUGAUGAAUAUCACAGUUGGAUUUUUUUUUUUUUUUUUUUUGGGGGGUAAAUUUGCAAAAAACACACCAAGCAAAUAAAGUGUCCAUUUGCACAACUAGAAGUUAGAUGAGAUAAACAAACAUCCACCACCCUAUGAAAAAUUCUGAAAUUUGUAUAUACUCCUCUCUCAGUGCUUUGUGAAAGUGCAAAGGCUCUGUAACUUUGUAGUCUGCUCAGUGGAGUAGCAGCUGUCAUCUGAAGUGGCACUGGAAGCGGUCCAGGCGUUGCAGCAGAGCCUGGCGUGAUUCUUCUUCAGUGGUAUUUGAUGAAUUAUACACUCAUUUUAUCCUCUUGAUCGCACCUGUUUUAUAUGGCGAACAAAGCAGCACAUGACUGUAAAUCAACAGUUUGACGUUACUGUGGCUUUUUCUCUUCAUGUCUGCUCCUUUUCCUUUGUGUCAGUGUUUCAUGUGCAGUAGCAUAAGCAUAGUAUCAUAAAAGUGAGAAUCAGACCUGGAAAAUAAUGACAAGCUUCUAAAAGAAGCAUGCAUUAUAAUGGGAUUCUACACAGAAUGGAAAAGAGUGUAUAAAUCUUUAAACCAGUAUUUUAUAGAUCUAAGAUUUG